AUGGAUUCAAAGACUUUAGGUAUUUUAGGUGGUGGUCAAUUAGGCAGAAUGCUAAUUGAAGAAGCCAGCAGAAUGAACAUCAAGACCAUAAUUCUGGAUGGGGAAAACUCACCAGCCAAGCAAAUUUCCAAUGGCGAGCACAUCAACGGUUCAUUCAAGAACAAGGAUGACAUAAAGGCAUUGGCUGCCAAGUGUGAUGUUUUAACCAUUGAAAUUGAGCAUGUUGACAUUGAUACUUUGAAGGAAGUUUCCGCUGAGUAUCCAAAUUUACAAAUCCACCCUUCUCCAGAAACAAUAGGGCUUAUCAAGGACAAGUACUUACAAAAGUUACACUUAAUCAAAAACGAUAUUAAAGUAGCUGAAUCAUAUGCAAUUGAAAACAACACUGUGGAAAGUUUAUCAUUGAUGGGUGAGAAGAUUGGAUACCCAUACUUGUUGAAAUCCAGAACUGAAGCUUAUGAUGGAAGAGGUAACUUCGUGGUAUCUGGCCCAUCUGAAUUGGAAGAGGCUUUAGAAUUUUUGAAGAACAGACCUUUGUAUGCGGAGAAGUUUGCCCCGUUCGAAAAGGAAUUGGCUGUGAUGAUCAUCAAGCAACAAAGUGGAGAGGUGAAGUCAUUCCCUGUUGUUGAAACCAUUCACCAGCAAAACAUCUGUCACACCUGUUAUGCUCCAGCCAGAAUCGGAGACAAGCAAAUUGAACUUGCCAAGGAAAUGGCCUUGAAAACCGUAGCAACCUUCCCUGGGUGUGGGAUCUUUGGUGUUGAGAUGUUCUUGAUGAAGGACGGAGAUGUUUUGAUCAAUGAAAUUGCACCAAGACCACACAACUCUGGUCAUUACACCAUUGAUGCAUGUGUCAUCUCCCAAUUCGAGGCYCAUUUGAGAGCUGUCAUGGGCYUACCUAUUCCUGAACUAGGAUUCAUCAGCAASGAAACAAAUGCCAUCAUGUUGAACGUUUUGGGAGAUGACAACCAGCCAGGAAAGGAACUGGAACUAUGUCAAAGAGCAUUAGAAAUCAACGGCGGUUCUGUGUAUCUAUACGGAAAGGAAUCAAAGCCAAAGAGAAAGCUAGGCCACAUCAACAUAGUCAGUGACUCCAUGGCAUCAUGUGAGGAUARAUUGAAAUAUGUCGAAGGAACCUCAAAGGCAUUGGAAAAGAUCCCUAAAGUUGGUGUUAUCAUGGGUAGUGACUCUGACUUACCUGUUAUGAAGGCUGCCUGUGAURUGUUGGCCAAAUUCGAUAUCCCAUAUGAAGUCACCAUUGUAUCAGCUCAUAGAACCCCGCAAAGAAUGUUUGAUUACGCAACCUCUGCUAGACAGAGAGGAUUGAAGGCCAUCAUUGCUGGUGCUGGUGGUGCUGCACACUUGCCAGGUAUGGUGGCAGCCAUGACCAGUCUUCCGGUCAUUGGUGUUCCAGUGAAGGGAUCUGUUUUGGAUGGUGUUGAUUCCAUGCAUUCYAUUYURCAAAUGCCUAGAGGUGUGCCAGUUGCCACAGUGGCCAUCAACAACUCAACCAACGCUGGUUUGUUAGCAGUAAGAAUGCUGGGUGGUGAGYACUCCGCUAARAUGGAGUUAUUCAUGCAAGAACAAGAAAAGGAAGUAUUGGAAAAGGCCAAGARAAUAGAAAAGAUUGGUCAUGACGAGUACCUACUUGGUAUGAAGAAGUAA